UUUUGUGUCCUCCAUUUUAGAAGAUGGCGACGGUGAUAGUAAUGUAAUGAGUUUCAGAGCCGUGAUUUAUACAUCUAGUUAAGUGUUUAUUUAAAUCAGAAAAACUGUGUUUGUGAUAAUCCUUAGGAAAUGCAAAAAUGCAGAAUGCAGCACAAGAUUCUACCACGGAUUGUCUAAAAAUAGAAAAAGUGAAUGUUGAACGCGAUAUAGGUAAUUUGCCGUCAACUCCCAAUUCGACCAAUUCCAGCCCUGCAAAAUCAGAAACCGAAACAUACUCGGAACGAAGAAGAUUUAUGUCUGAUUCUUCAGAAAGCGAAGAGGACAGUGGGUCGGAGGUGGAGUCGUUUGUUAUUGAUCAGGAAUUUGAAGAAGACCCGAAAGUUGAAACUGCCAAAUUUCUUCUCAGCCCUGAAGAAGAUAGAUCUGUAGAUUUAGAAACCCAAGCACGUUUAGAAGCUGUACUGCAAGCUGCAGGUAUAAGUCAGUUAGCAGCUAAGGAUGGGAAACAUCUAGCCGACCCGGAAGUGUUAAGACGUCUGACCUCGAGUGUCUCGUGUGCUUUGGACGAGGCGGCCGCGGCUUUGACGCGUAUGCGUACCGACAAUCCGCGCAACCAGCCCGAAAAAACAUCCUUGGUCGAAGCUUGCACCGACGGUGAUGUCGGUACGGUUAGGAAACUGCUGACCGAAGGCCGAUCGGUGCACGAAACGUCCGAGGAGGGCGAAAGCUUACUGUCACUUGCCUGUAGCGCAGGAUAUUUCGAAUUAGCUCAGGUUUUAUUAGCAAUGCAUGCAAAUGUUGAAGAUCGGGGGAUCAAGGGAGAAUGCACUCCCUUAAUGGAGGCUGCAUCGGCUGGUCAUCUGGACAUCGUGCGUUUACUUGUAGCCCACGGAGCUGAUGUGAAUGCACAAUCAUCCUCAGGAAACACACCAUUAAUGUACGGGUGUGCUGGUGGACACACUGAAGUGGUAAAGUUCCUUCUCGAACACGGAGCCAAUGUAGAAGAUCAUAAUGAGAAUGGUCACACGCCCCUAAUGGAAGCUGCCAGUGCUGGCCACGUGGAACUGGCCAAGAUCCUCCUAAUGCACGGAGCUGGAAUUAAUACCCACUCUAACGAAUUCAAAGAGACUGCUCUAACGUUAGCAUGUUACAAGGGACACCUGGACAUGGUACGAUUUUUGCUGGAAGCCGGUGCCGACCAGGAGCAUAAGACAGAUGAGAUGCACACUGCCCUCAUGGAAGCUAGUAUGGACGGACAUGUGGAAGUAGCGCGACUCCUCUUGGACUCAGGUGCUCAAGUUAAUAUGCCCGCUGAUAGUUUCGAAUCGCCCCUCACAUUAGCUGCCUGCGGGGGUCACGUAGAUCUUGCUAUGCUGCUCAUAGAAAGGGGAGCCAACAUUGAAGAAGUUAACGAUGAAGGAUACACCCCCCUAAUGGAAGCAGCGCGGGAAGGGCACGAAGAAAUGGUAGCUCUCCUUUUAAGUCAAGGUGCUAACAUCAAUGCACAAACGGAUGAGACCCAAGAAACAGCAUUGACGUUGGCUUGCUGUGGAGGUUUUAGCGAAGUUGCCGACUUUCUAAUAAAGGCUGGCGCCGAUAUCGAACUGGGAGCUUCCACCCCUUUAAUGGAAGCAGCCCAAGAGGGACAUUUAGAACUUGUCAAGUACCUUUUAGAGAAUAACGCAAACGUUAGAGCCCAAACCCAAACCGGGGACACAGCCCUCACUUACGCCUGUGAGAACGGACAUACAGACGUUGCCGACCUUCUACUUCAAUACUGCGCUGAUCUGGAACACGAAUCAGAAGGGGGCCGAACACCGCUAAUGAAAGCGUGUCGUGCUGGUCACUUGUGUACGGUUCAAUUUUUAAUCACAAAAGGAGCCGACGUAAACCGACAAACGUCGAACAACGAUCACACGCCCCUAUCGUUAGCUUGCGCCGGCGGUCAUCUCCCUGUGGUCGAACUUUUGCUCGCGCACGGCGCCGAUCCUAAUCAUAAGCUCAAAGACAACUCCACGAUGCUCAUAGAAGCGGCUAAGGGGGGCCACACAACUGUCGUCCAACUGUUACUAGACUUUCCACAUUCGGUCCUCUUAAGUCAACAAGGUUCUGCCCCCACGGUGUUGCCGGGUAACCGUGACUCUCCCAUCCCUGCGACCGCUCUUCCUCCAAACCUGAACUUUUACCAGCCGCCGCCCACGAUCACAUCACCCGUGCUCCAGGAGGUGCCCGAAGCGGUUAGAAUAGUGUCUGAGGAAGAACAGAAUCAAAACGUUAACGAAGUCAUCAAUAAUAAGCAACAGACGUCACCAUCUUUGCGAACAACCAACGAUACGGCGUCGAAGAACGCGAGAAAGUCGGGGACGCCGAAGAGGCGGACUUCUGUUCCAAAUAUGACGCCCGACAUUGUCGCCGAAAACCUCGAAAAGAUACCAAACUUGAGCGAUCUCGAAGAUAGCGAAUUCUUGAACGAAGACCCGAAUAGUGGCGGUGGCAGCAUCAUUGACUACAUCAAGAAAAGGAAAAAUAUGCAGAACUGUAUUACGCCACCCCUAACAGACGACGGUUCCACGCAAAAACAACAGAUAUUAGAAGAAUUACAUCAAGUUGAAAGGGAUUUUCAUGGGAAACAACAAGCCAGUAAUUUGCUUCUAUCUCAAUUUGCCAUCCCACAGGAUCAAAGUGGGGCCGCAAAUGCCACCGUGCCUCAUAUGCUGAGCCUGGAGAUAGCAAUGCAAUUACAACAACAAGCCCAGCAACAGCAACAACAGCAAACCCAGCAACAACAGAUUCAGCAGCAACAGCAGCAAGGGCUAGGUACUGGCGUAAUGCCAUCAUCUUCAGUAUUCUCUCCAAACACCAACCUACAAGUCCACAAUACUUUCUACGCAGGCCCUACUUGUCUACCUGCCGUACCUCUUAAACUAAGUGUGAGCGGAGCGACUAGUGGAAACGCCAACACAGUUCCAGCCGGAGGUGACGCGACGAGUAAUUUUAAUGCAGCGCAAGCGCCGUCCGCCUAUUAUUUCGCCCCCUUGCAUGGACCCAUUGCAGUGCCCAACUCGAUUCUACCGCAUCCCAAGUUCCCAACUGUUGCAGCUCACGCCGAAGUUAGUCAGAACACUGCGAUCAGUGAUAGGCCCAAAGCAAAGCCAGUUUCAAAGAAAGAAGGUAAAAAUCUGCGCAAACAACAACAGCAGCAGCAACAGCAACCACCCCCACAACCACCACAACAACAAGUAAGUCAAGAUCAACAGCAGCAGCAGCAGUACCAAACGGCCGUUUACACCCAACAGCAGUCCCAAUUGUCCCAGUUGUUCGUCGCCAAAGAACAACAACAACAACAACAACAGCAGCAACAGACCCAGAUAUCGAAUGUUGGCGAUGCUCUGAACAUCCAAAAUUUGGACAUCGACUCUCUCGAUCAGGAUGCACUUAGUUUGAAAAGCGACGAGCAAUCGAAUCUAUUAACCGCCUCAAUUCUACAACAGUUUCACAAUUCCCAGCAGAUAAGCACCAUAAGGGCGGCCUUUGUCGGUUCACCGAUUCAGCAGAAUCGCACGGAACAAAAGACUUGCGUUGAACUGUACGAACAAGUUCUUGAAACGUCCACCAAGGCUUAUCUGGAGCAAAAGAACAGGGGCGCAGACGCGAAAACAACACCCUUUCCUAACGACUUAGUAGAUGACGUUCAAUCCCUAGACUCUUACGAAAUUAAUGACUUCACAAAACAGGUUAAUAAUCAACAACAUCAACAGCAGCAACAGCAACAUAAAGUUCAGAUACAGCCUUACACGCCUGGUUUAGAAGAGUCCGUUCUGACCUCGUUAACAGCCCAACAUGAACUCACCACCCAAACUGAUGGCUCUCGAAUUGAAUAUUUCAUACCUGCCAAUUCAGCUCAAUUGCCGGUACAGGUUCAACAUACAUUAUAUCCGUACGAUCACUAUCUACAAGCUGUCGCAUCAAUGUCAAAUAAGGACCAAACGGGGGUUAUCUACCAGGCUGGAUUCCAUGCCGGCAUGAACAUAGUACAGCAACAAUUGGCAAGUUCGGGAGACACUCUAACCACAGGCGUUCCGACAUCGGUAGUGACGCUUGCCGGAAGUCCUGCGUCUCAACCGUACGUAGCCGCAAUCCAAUCUACAUGCACUCCUGUGCAGGCAUGCCAUCAUGUUCCAACUAGCAGCACGGUCCCGACAUCCCAUCACUGCCAGGUGCCCUGUGCCAAUCACCAGCAUCUCCUCGCUGCUCACCAACAGCAGCAGCAGCAACAACAGCAGCACACACACCAAGUACAGGCGGCGACCCAAACACCCCAACCGUCACCUUUAGCCCCCGAGAAUCGAAAACAAACAAAAGUCGCAAUCUCCUCCACGCAGGAAAACGUCAAAGUAAAGAAGAACAGACUUUUACUCAGGAAUCAGGCUAAUGGUCCCCAGACUAAUUCUUUUCCACAAAACCAGGGCCAGAACUUUCAAAUAGAUGCUAAUGCAGCAAAUCAACAGUGCGUAGGGGCUGCUGCAGGUGGUGGAAAUGGUGGUACCGUACAGCAGCCAGCGCUCAACUAUUGUAUGGACCUGGAUUCAGAGACAGAAAGCAACCAUGAUACUGCAUUGACGUUGGCAUGUGCAGGAGGUCAUGAGGAACUGGUCGAACUGCUAAUCAGGCGAGGAGCAGAUAAAGAACAUCGCGAUAAGAAAGGGUUCACUCCUCUCAUUUUGGCUGCAACCGCAGGUCACGAUAAGGUCGUUGAAAUUCUUCUGAAUAAUGGCGCAGACAUCGAAGCGCAAUCCGAAAGAACGAAAGACACCCCGUUAAGCCUUGCAUGCUCCGGUGGACGAUAUGAGGUAGUAGAACUUCUUCUGAACCGGGGAGCAAAUAAAGAGCAUCGUAACGUUUCCGAUUACACCCCCCUCAGUUUAGCUGCAUCUGGUGGAUAUGUGAAUAUUAUUAAACUCCUCUUAAACCACGGCGCCGAAAUAAACUCGCGCACUGGAAGUAAAUUAGGUAUAUCACCCCUUAUGUUGGCGGCAAUGAAUGGACAUACUGCUGCUGUUAAACUCCUUUUGGACUGUGGAAGUGACAUCAACGCCCAGAUUGAAACUAACAGGAACACCGCUCUCACUCUGGCUUGUUUCCAAGGAAGACACGAAGUAGUCAGUCUCCUUUUGGACCGAAAAGCAAAUGUCGAACACCGGGCUAAGACUGGUCUAACACCCCUAAUGGAAGCCGCAAGCGGUGGUUACGUAGAAGUGGGUCGGGUACUUCUAGAUAAAGGCGCAGACGUUAAUGCGGCCCCAGUACCCUCUUCGCGAGACACUGCCCUCACGAUAGCAGCGGAUAAAGGUCAUUGUCGUUUUGUCGAGCUGUUGCUUUGUCGUGGUGCAGCCGUUGAGGUCAAAAACAAGAAGGGUAACUCGCCGUUAUGGCUUGCAGCAAACGGCGGACAUUUGAGUGUUGUAGAACUCCUGUAUAACCUAAACGCAGACAUAGAUUCACAAGAUAACCGCAAGGUGUCUUGUCUUAUGGCGGCUUUCCGUAAGGGACAUGUUAAAGUGGUAAAAUGGAUGGUAAACCACGUAACACAGUUCCCUAGUGAUCAGGAAAUGAUUCGCUACAUUUCUACCAUUAGUGACAAAGAACUUCUCGAAAAAUGUCAGGAAUGUGUAAAGGUAAUUAGGGCAGCCAAAGAGACGCAAGCUGCAAAAGCAAAUAAGAAUGCAUCCAUACUCCUCGAAGAACUUGACAUGGAAAAAAACCGGGAAGAAUCUAAAAAAGCAGCGGCCGCGCGCAGGCGCGAACGAAAGAAAAAGAAGAAGCUCGAAAAACGAGAAGAAAAACGAAAACUGAAUAAAGAUAACCAAAAGAACGAUGAUUACUAUGAUAACGAUGAUAAGAAAUCGGAGGAGAACGACAAAGGUGACGAUGAUGACGUGAUAAAUGAAACGAGCGGAUCUGAAUCGCCUUUACACGCUCCCGAAGUGAUGAUCGACAAAGAAGAAGGUGACAGUGGCAUAGACGCCAACAGUCAAGGGAGCUGCUCGAGCAACGAAGUUAAAACUAAAGAGAAACGUAAAGAUAAAAAGAAAAAGAAAACUUCAUCUGCCGCAAACAAAAAAGCUAAUAAAGAGAAUAUAAACAAAGAUUUGACGUCUUCAGGUAGCGCCGGUAAUAAUAACAAUAACAUCAAGCAUGACAAGGUUUCUAACGACAACUACACUACCAUCAAAAACUCCAUUUUAUAUCAAAACAGUAACGUAAAGAAACAACAACACCCAGCGGAACGUGAAGAUUUCCAGGCCACCGGUAACGAAACGUACGUAUCUAACAAAAAUCGAAAGAGUCACGGUACAAGUCACGACAACGAUUCGAUAUCGCUUCAAUCGUCGUCGAAGAGUGGCGCAGGUUCGUCUACCAGUCCAAAGCAAUCGAACAACAAAAGGGAAGAGGGAUGGAAGGAAGUGGUACGAAAAUCAUCGGUACAAACGAUAGCUGCGAGUACUAGUGCUGGUGGUGCUGGUAGCGGAGUUGCUGACAUAGUCGGUGUGAAAAAAGUUUCGGUACCACUCAACGCAAUCUCACGAGUGAUAGGAAGAGGUGGUAGUAAUAUUAAUGCCAUUAGAGGAGCUACAGGUGCUCAUAUUGAAGUCGAGAAACAGAGCAAGGGACAAGGAGAAAGAAUCAUUACUAUAAAGGGAUCAUCUGAAGCUACAAAACAAGCCCACAUAUUGAUCGCAGCCUUAAUCAAAGACCCAGACGUGGAUAUUUUGCAAAUGCUACCAAAAACAACGAAAACCACCACCACUGCAACAACAUUAUGGGAUAAAACACAGAUAGGGACUAAAAAAGUAACCGGUAAGGUAGUAACAGUGUCACACUCAACGGUUGCUACAACGUUUGUCCAACACAAAACAGUUAUGGUAACAGCGUCUACAACAACCGCGAAAGCAUCAACGACGGUUAAAACACGAAGCGGCGGAGGAGGAAGUAGUGGAAGCGGAGGCGGAGGCACAGUCACAUCAUCAGCAACACGAGUUAUUGCACCUCGACUAGUUGCACAGGCUGAAAGAAACGCAGCUGCAGCUGCAGCAGCUGCGGCUGCCGCUCAAAUUGCCAACACUAAGAACACUGUGUCAUAUACCACCUCCGCCAUAGUAUCAGCGUCAGGGGGUCGUGGAAGUGCCUGCGGCGGUGGCCCUAUUAAAUUAGUAACCACCUCUGCAAAUCAAACAUUUGCUGCCAAACUAACAGAAACAACGUCUGUGCACCACGUCCCCGUUACUGCGUCUGCUACCAACUCUAUGAGCCUAGGUGGCGGUCCCAAACCAUCGAAAACUGCCACCCAAAAUUCCCUUAAUGUUCCUCUGCAAGGUUCCACCGGUCCAUCGUCGCCUUUACAACAGCAACACCAGCAGCAGCAGCAACAGUCUGUUCUCACUUGUUCACCGAAGCACCACCGACCACCACCUACGGCUUCUGCGCCUCCGAGUCUCCAGCAGUUCCAAAGCGUGGCUAAAAUGCUCCCAUUCUCGGCCAAUAGUGGGACGUGUUCUUUAAAAACCAGUGCCCUGAAGACGGCUGAAGAUACGUGUCGAACGACAACGUUAACAACGCAAGAGUACUCGCUGUUUAACUCGAUGGCUCAACAGCCAACGUGGCGUCAAGAGAGCGAAUCUCACAAACAGCCAGUAAACUUCGCGGCCGUAACCGGCGGUGGUAUCUCGCAAUCAACCACCCCACCUAAAUUCAUCGAUAAUGAUCCACCUCCACAAGUGGACGCGUCUAAAGCACCUGGUUAUCGCGGUGGACAAACCAGUAGCGGAAAUUCGAAUAGCAACGCUAUGUGUUCGCCGGUUUCAUCGAAAACGAGCAGUAACAGCACUACACCUCCAAGUUUACCGGCGGCGUCGUCUUCUGCGUCGGUCGUCAAUUACCAAGGUUUCGAAUCGCCAAAAAAUCAACCGCAAUUAGCUCCAAUCGGUACGAAUAUGAUUCACGGACGCGUACCUUCAGCAACAAACAACGGCCAGCAGCAACAGCCUCAACAGCCGGAGCAACAUUUCUACUCAAACGGGGGUGGUUCUGCCGACCCUCAUCUACCACCGGCGCCUACAUCGCGUUCGAUGCAUCAUCUUGCGCAUUCCGAUACCACACUGUAUAAAUCAGUAUCCGCGAAUUUUGCAGAUAGUCUUUUGACUAUGAACUCGGCCACGGAAGCUGCUGUUGCCGCCGCAGCAGCCCAACAACAACAGCAGCAACAUUUACUUUCCUCAUACCAUCAUCAGCAACAGCAACAACAUAUGAGUUACUCUCAACAACAAGUGGCACCGAUAUCCACGCCGUCGGUUACCAUGUCUCGACUAAAUCCCAAAGCUCCUGACUUUGCUAGUUCAAUGCAGCAGCAGCAGCAGCAACACGCAAAACAACAGCAACAGCAACAACAACAUCCAGCGCACAUGUUCAACGGUUAUCAGCAACAAAUGACCAAGAACGCUGCAGCUGCCGCCAUUGGAACCUAUCAUCGCCAACAGCAACAACCGCAACCUGGAGCCUCUUCGCCUUCUCCACAUAAUAGGUGGCUUCUUAUGCAACAGCCCUUCACUCAACAACAGCAGAAUGAAUUGAUGAGUGGUAUGGCGGGCAUGACGUUACAUAGCAUUGCCCGAGCGACUGGCGGAGACAUACUGGAAAAUGGGGCCGAUCUAACAACUGUGAACGGAUCGCCUGCGAUGUCUCCUAACCUGCCCUCUUCCCAUAACAUUCAUCUAAGUGAUGGCACAGGACAUUACGUUGAUGAUAACAGGAAACCACCUCAGCCCAUAGGCACUGAGAGAGCACGCAAGUCGCAAAAUCCUCUAGUAGAUAGUAGUGGAAGUAGUAGUUGGAUGUUUGGGAACGAAUCCAAGAUGGUAGUUGGCAGACCCUGGAGUGGCAUAGGCAAUUAUGAUCGCUAUCCUGUAAUAAGGAAUCAAAUGGAAGCCGAUUAUAUGACGCACCCAAUGGAUUCCUACCAGCAAGGGCUGCCUGUUGAAAAUCCUCACGCCUUCUCCAGCAGCGCUCCUUUCCUCCAAGCGUUCCUUCUGCAGCAUCAGGCCAACAUGCAUCCGUUGGAUUAUGGGCAACCAGACGCUUUAAAAAUGGAACAGCCACCAUGGGAUCCGCGCCCCAAUAUCGCCGACUUGCAGGACAAAAAUCACGGAUGGACUGGAUUGGGUGGGAAAUGGAACCAGUAACCGCAACCGUACGCUGAUUUAUUUAAAAUAAUUAUUAUGUAAAAGUAUAAAAAUAUAUCAACCAACUUUGUAAGCAGGAGAAGCCUUAUCCUUUGUAGGGGUUUUUCUCGAUUGGUGGAUACGUACGUAUGACAAAAAAAAAGAACAUCUAAUAGAGUAGAUAACAACUGCGUAAUCGAAAAAAAAAA